GUCCCGCCCCCCCACCCCCACCGCCCGGCUGCCCUUGCCAACCGCCUGUGGGAGGCUGCUGUAAAAUGUCGUGAGGGCCGCCGCCGCUUUACGGCUGCCUCUCCCCGACCCGAGCCCGGGAGCGUCCAGCGCCGUCAGCCCGAGUCCUCGGAGCCCGCAGGGAGCCCGGGCGGCCGGCCGGCGACAGAGCCGCCGCCCCCCGCGCCGCGCCCGGCCCGGCCCCCGGCGAUGUGAGCUCGCGGAGGGCGCCGGUGCCCCCUGGCCCGCGCUGGAGACGGGCGGCAGGUGCCUGCGCGGCGGGCGGGUGCUGGGGGCCUGCAGGAUGGAGGAGAGCAUGGAGGAGGAGGAGGGGGGCAGCUACGAGGCGAUGAUGGACGACCAGAACCACAACAACUGGGAGGCGGCCGCCGACGGCUUCCGGCAGCCCCCGCCGGCGCCCGCGCCGCUGCCGGCGCCCGCCCGGGAGCCCCCCGGGGCGCAGCUGCUGGCGGUGCCCGCGGGCGCGGCGGACAGGAAGGGCCCCAAGGAGGGGCUGGCCCUGGGCGCGCCGCCGCCGCCGCCGCCGGCCCCCGAGGCCAACGGGGUGAUCAUGAUGUUGAAGAGCUGCGACGCGGCCGCCGCCGGGGCCAAGGCGGCCCCCGCCCCCAGCGCCAGCGCCACCAUCAACAUCAACACCUCCACCUCCAAGUUCUUGAUGAAUGUUAUAACUAUUGAAGAUUAUAAGAGCACAUACUGGCCAAAAUUGGAUGGUGCCAUAGAUCAGCUUUUAACCCAGAGUCCCGGUGACUAUAUCCCCAUCUCCUACGAGCAGAUAUACAGUUGUGUGUAUAAAUGUGUAUGCCAGCAGCACUCGGAACAGAUGUACAGUGAUCUGAUUAAAAAGAUAACCAGUCACUUACAGAGAGUCUCAAAGGAGCUGCAGGCCAGCCCUCCAGAUCUUUAUAUUGAAAGAUUUAAUAUAGCUCUUGGACAGUAUAUGGGAGCAUUGCAGAGCAUUGUGCCUCUUUUCAUAUAUAUGAAUAAGUUUUACAUCGAAACCAAGCUUAACAGAGACUUAAAAGAUGACCUUAUAAAGCUGUUUACGGAACAUGUUGCAGAAAAGCACAUUUAUAGCCUAAUGCCUUUACUUUUAGAAGCCCAGUCUACACCGUUUCAGGUCACACCUUCAACUAUGGCAAAUAUCGUGAAAGGCCUGUACACCCUCAGACCAGAGUGGGUUCAGAUGGCUCCAACUCUGUUUUCUAAAUUUAUUCCCAACAUUCUCCCUCCGGCAGUGGAAUCUGAGCUUUCGGAAUAUGCUGCCCAAGAUCAGAAACUUCAGCGAGAACUUAUACAGAACGGUUUCACAAGGGGUGACCAGUCCCGGAAGCGAGCUGGGGAGGAGUUGGCAUAUAACAGCUCAUCCGCAUGUGCGAGUUCCCGCGGGUACAGAUAGUGAAUGUAUUGACGGCGCUUUCCCACGAGGCCGCAGAGCUGCAGAGACUGGGCAGCGUCCGGCGGGGCCUGCAGACUCAGCUCUGUCCCGAAGCUCUUCUUGGAAGACGAUGUGGGAGUUCUUACUUUGGUUUGUAAUUUUGAAAAACAAAAAAAAACUAACACAAAAAGAAAACAAACAAACGACGGUCAGUUGCUGCUAGACUUGGGGAUGGUUGUGAAAUGGGACAAUCUUUUAACAAGUGUGACUACAGACCCGUGAGGAACAAGCGUCUCAAAAAGUGACCAUUUCUGUGUGAAAUCUGACAGCCAAAAUUAGCAGCUUCCUCCAAAAAUAUAAGAGCAGAAGAGUCUUUUCUUGUUUUAAAGCACUUGUUUUGUUCCUUUGUGAACUUGGCACGUCGAUGUACUGGUUCCACUUGUCAAGAUACCUUUUGCUUUCCGAGUUAAGCAGAUCAGUGUUUUUUCACACCCAUAACCAAAACAGACAAACCUAUUUGAAAGAGUUGGUCUUUGUUUAGCAUUGGUCUUGUUGAAAGUAAAUGCUAACUCCGCUUUUGCCUGUGACCCUUUUCCCCCCCUCAGUCCACGACUUUUUUUCUACUCUGUGCCUUGAGCUUUGUGCACUUUGCAACUUUGUGAACGUGUUGUCCAACUCGCAGAUGCUUCCUGGGAAGGUCUCUGGCGUGACGGGCCCACCAGCCCAGCGGCCGUGUCCCACCCGGGCGGGCUGCUCAGUGGGAAGACGGCAGCACGCUGCGCCCUGGUCCCCGUUCCCUGCUUCCCGCCGCGUGUCCGUGCUGACGUUGGGGACCAACUCUUCUAGGACAUUUCCAUUCCCUCAGCCACUUCCCACGAUCUCACCAGCUGCUGUCGUCUUGGCGUCGCGCUGGGUGAGGGGUGGGGAGGUGCUUUUAGCAUUAGAACUCUCUUUGUAACGUGGAGAAUUGUACCCAACAGUGAAAGCUGGCUCCUGGGAUGCUCUCGGGAGUAAGAUAACGGUUAUUAACCCCGAAUAUAAUUAAUGGUGUGGGACUCCCGAUCCAUUUCAUUUUAAAUGGUUGAGAUAAGUACUUAAAAACCAAAGUCUGCAAUCUGUGUCUAAAGCAUUUUCUCCAAGCGUGAGAGUGGAGAAGUAGCAUUGCUGUCUUGCCAUUCCCUUCGCACCACCGUGGCAGAGUUCUGUUUUCCAGGUCUCCACACCCUCGGUGCAAUUUGGCCCUUAUAUUAGACUCUGAGUCUGGUUGUUUUUGAAGGACAAUGGAAAACAGGAAGACGUGGCAUGGCAGAUUUCAUUCCCGCCUUUGCCUGAGUCCGAAUUAAGCAUCCGAGGGACUGUUGCUUCUUUGGGGCGGUGGUGAGCCGCGGGUUAGACGUGUAAUACGGGGGAGAAAUCAGUCAUGCCAUGGACAUAUUCUGUGUGUGAAGUCUGUACUCAAACACCCGAAAGGAAAGGUUGUCAGAAUGUUUGUUUUAAGUACUUAACCCGAGUUGGGUUGGGAAGGGUGCAGGUCACUGCGAGCACCUUCGGCGGUGUGAGUGGACACUCAGUUCCUCUAGGAAGGUCCCAUGGCGCCCGAGGCUCCGUGCAUUUCGAUUUGCUCCUCCAGUCACAUCCGAGUCCCAAGGAAGAAUUCCUUUUUUUUAUCAUGAAGUUCAGAUUUACGGUUCUCGAUGGAAUGCCCGCCGCAGGCUUGAGAAUAAGCCCCCGCAGCCGAAGUCUCCCCGCAGCGGUUUUACCGAAAGGAGCGAGUCGGAACAUCCUUCCCGUGUGGGUGAAGCUUCCAGUAUCUUUGAUUCUAUACCCAAAUGCUUUUUCUGGGAGGAAGUAUUCUUAUUUUGGCCAACAACGGAAACGUUCCCUAUAAAAGCAUUGUAUUAUGAUGUGAAUUGGCAUUAAAAACUUUGGAUGCUUUUGCAUUAUUAACUUAAUGAAGAAAGAUUUUAUAUUGCUGUCCUUUAUUAUGUCUGUGUUAACAAAAACGUGGGCAAAGUGAA